CAAACCUCUUUGAGCAUGGUCCAGUACGUUGCGUCCGUGGCCGACGUGGCGGUGACCGCUGCGAGUCUGCCCAAGGUGCUCGUGAUCGGUACGAAGGAGACGACUGGCUUGAGGCUAGCGGAAAGCAUUCUCACCCACUUGAACUGUGGUGCGUCUCCUCCGCCAGCGUCCAUCGCGCUCCUCACGCACGCGGUGUCAAAACUCGCCCCCGGAGCCGACAGUUCGGCCUCGACGCACUUGUACGUCCCGCUUACCGAUUCAGUCCUCGUGAGUGUCGUUGUGGCACAGCUCCCCACCGCUGUCUCGCGCCACAAUGUGCUUGCUCGUCCACACGCAAUCAGCUCGCUCGUUCGCUCGUAUGCGAACGACACAUCGACGUCAUUUGUCGUUGGGCUGGCGCUCCCGGAACUGUCUUCGACGGCCUGGACCGGUGGUGUCGGUGUGGCCAAGGGUGUGACCACGUACUACGACAGCAAGAGUGGCGGAAAGUCUGGUCAGAGUGGCGUGAUCAUGGACGGAGCGUCGACUUGCGUCAACCCUGAUCGCAUCGUGGUUGUGUUUGACCACGCUGUGGACCCCGCGACGUUGUCCCUCCUGAACGCGACUGCGACGGGCAUUCACUUGACCCAACGUCUUGUGGAUACGCCUCCAAACCAGCUCAACACGGACACGUUCGUCGCGGAAGCGCGCGCCGUGGCGUCCCGAGUACACGCCGAAAUCACGGUGAUCCAAGGCGACGAAUUGAAGACGAGGGGCUUUGGCGGUAUCUACGGCGUUGGGAAAGCGGCCGCGCACCCGCCUGCGCUCGUCGUGCUCAGUCAUUAUCCCUCUGACGAAGCCAAGGACAAGAAGAGCGUCACGUUGGUCGGCAAAGGCAUCGUGUACGACACGGGCGGAUUGAGUUUGAAGACACCGACCAUUAUGGUCGGUAUGAAGUACGACAUGGGCGGUGCUGCCGGCCUGCUCGGCGCAUUCGAAGCGGCCGUGACUUCCCGUCAAUUCAAUUCGCGUCCGUUGCACGUCAUCCUCUGCCUCGCGGAAAACGCCAUCGGGCCGCUGGCCACGCGCCCGGACGACAUCCACACGCUAUACUCUGGCAAGACGGUCGAGGUGAACAACACAGAUGCGGAAGGCCGCCUUGUGUUGGGCGACGGCGUCGCAUACGCGACCAAGCACUUGAACCCGUAUGUAAUUCUCGACAUGGCGACGUUGACGGGCGCCCAGGGCAUCGCGACCGGUGCAAAGCACGGUGCCGUCGUGUCCAACAGCGCCACGUUGGAGGACUGGAUCGUCCAGGCGGGGCGCGCGUCCGGCGACUUUGUCCACCCCAUGCCGUACGUGCCCGAGUUUUUCCGCCAAGAGUUCAAGAGCCAAGUCGCCGACAUGAAAAACAUUCCCGCGACCCGCAUGAAUGCCCAAGUGAGCUGCGCCGGCCAGUUCGUGGCGAACCACUUGACCGACAACUUUGAGGAAACGGGACUGUGGGGCCACGUCGACAUGGCGUACCCUGUCGUGGACCAAGAGCGCGGCACCGGCUUUGGGGUUGCCCUCGUCCAGUCGAUGCUGCAGCUGAUUGAAUAACCUGCCGCUCACGACGUCAACCUAGUCGACUGCACCAGCCAUACCAUUCGCUCUCGAAUAGUACUAGUUGUACGAGUUUAUCUCGAGGUGGCUUAACGAGUCAGUCGUCCAGCAUUGCUUCACCCCCGUCCGUUG